AUGCGCUCAUUGGGAGCUCUGGGCGUCGCGCUGCACGCAUCUCUGCUGGUGCUGCUGGCCCAGGGGUUCCAUAGAUCCAGGGACGGGGUUAUCCUGAGGCCGCAGCAUCGUCUCCCGGUGCCGGACCGAUCCACCGGGCAUCACCUGCCCACCUACAUGGUGCAUCUCUACAGGAACUUCAAGGCGAACUUCUCCGGACCCUUGGACACCGCGGAGCAGGACGCAGCGAGGCAAGCGGACACCGUGAAGAGCGUUAUGGCCAAAAGUUUGACGUACAGAGACAGGCGCUGGGUUGCGACCUUCGACCUCAACAACCUGCCGGCCGACAAACGGAUCCAAGCAGCAGAGCUGAGAAUCCGGCUUCCUCGGACGACGAGCGAUUACAACAUCUCUGUAGAGGUCUACCACCAGAACGGCCAGGCAUGCCACAUGCACCAGGGCUGCCAUGAACAGCAGCUGGUGGGGAUGAUCGGAGAGUCAUCACUGGUCACUUCAUCCCAGAGCUGGAAAGUGUUCAACAUGACAAGUCUCCUCUUGGACUGGCUCAGGCAGAGGUCGACGGUGAGGGUUCAACACAAAAGGGUGUCAAGAAGGAAGAAGGCGCUGAAGUCAAAGAGAAGCCUGUCGCUUCCCAAGCAGCCCGUCUUUGUGGCGAGCCCGAGGAGAGAUCAGGAAGUUAGUGAACGAGCCUUGCUGGUCAUCUUUUCGCGCACUGGCUCAGGCGAAAACUCAAAGGCCAAAGCAAGUUUGCUUCACACUGCUGAGCAAUCCAAGUUCUUAUCCCCCGGUGACAUCAAAAAGGCACGCCGGCCAAAGAGGCGCAGGAGCAAAAGGGGCCAGAGAGAACCGACAGCGAGAGGCCCACAGGUGUCCAAGGAGGGGAGUGAGAAAACUCUAUGUCGCAGGGUUGACCUGCAAGUGGACUUUAAUCAAAUAGGUUGGGGAUCCUGGAUCAUCUUUCCUAAGAGGUACAACGCCUACCGCUGUGAGGGAUCUUGCCCUGGUCCUCUGGGAGAAGACCUCAAUCCAACAAAUCAUGCUUACAUGCAGAGUUUGCUGAAACAUUACCACCCCGACAGAGUGGCAUCGCCCUGCUGCGCCCCGACCAAAAUGAGCCCGCUGAGCAUGCUGUACUACGAGAACCGAGAGAUGCUCCUUCGACACCACGAGGACAUGAUCGUGGACGAGUGCGGCUGCCAGUGACGGCUGCGUCCACCAACUCCAGGCAUAACCUGGGUUGCUGAGCAGCCUAAC